AUGUCACUGAACGGAUUGGACGACCCCAAGGUCGCAGAGGCAUAUGAAGCUGCUCUCGCCGAGGCUGGGGGCUGGUUCCUGCUCAAGUAUAUCAGUCGUGAUGAGGUCGAACUCUUGAACAAGGGCACUGGUGGCCUGCCAGAGGUGCGCUCGAGCAUCGAGGCCUACGACGAGGAGAGCCCGCUAUAUGGUGUCCUCAAGUACAGACGCAGAAAUGUCGUGAUCAAGUAUCUGCCCGAAGACUGCUCGCGGUUGAUUCAAGCUCGCGUCGCUGUCCACUUCAAUGCCGUCUGCGAACAGUUCUCCCCCUACGACACCAUUCUUGAGAUUGAAUCCGCCGAAACACUUACCGAUUAUAAGCUCUCGGCUGCCUGUUCGUUGCAUACUGCGUCUGGCUCUGUCUCGUCCGUGGGAAGCUCCCCAAAGAAGCGGCUCGUCGAGAUUGCCGAGGAGGACGAGGAUGAGGUCCCGCCUACCAAGCGAAAGUCUGUCGUGGCCGAGCCGCAGACGCCCAAGUCGCCCAAGUGGACUGCUGAGCCAGUUACGCUCAACGCGGAGCUUGCUGCUUCGCCGGAGCAGAGUAAAUUUGCUGCUCCUUCUACGUCUGAAGUCCCUACCUUUGUUGGCGCUUCCGAUAGCCGCCCCGACACGGCGGAAUCUUACUCGGCCGCAGAUGCCGCUGCCACACAGGACUUUGGUUAUACGGGAUACGCAUUUAGCAAACCCAAGGUCAAGCUUGCGCCUCGCCCGUCUGUGGAGGGAGCUACCCGUCCCCAGACUGCCGGCAACUUUCGACCCGUCUCUGCCAUUCCUGCUGGCUAUAAGCUGUUUGGCAAGGGUCGCCGCACCAAGAGCAAGGACUCCAACACGACCAUUUCUCCCCAAGAAGAGGUGGCUGAAUUUGCACCUAGUCCAACUGACGAGACGGAGAGACCAGUCUCGAGCUCCAGCACCGUCGGACCCGAAGGCACAACCAAGAAGAUUAGCCCCGAAAAAGCCCGCCUCAUGAAGGCCAUGAAGCUUCGUGAGAAGAAGAAGGCCGCCGCUGCCGCUGCUGCUGCCGCCACCACUGCUGAAGGUGAGGCAGAAACAGAAGAAGCCGAGGCAGAUGGCAUCGCAGAGACUGAAGUCGAAACCGAGACCGAGACUGUCGCAGACGAGGUGGAGAGCCCAACUACUACGACCGAUUCCAUCCAUGUCGCCGAUGCCAUGUCCUCAUCCACACAUACUGAGGCUUCCGAAGUCGCCUCUGAGCCAGACCAAUCGACCAACGCGUCAUCUGUGUCCGAGUCUACUGAUGAAACUGCACGCGCCAAGGACGAGCUUGCCGAGGAACAGGACAGGGAUGCUGAAGCCGUUGUCGACGCGGAGAAAAAGCCUGAGGCACCAAAGGAGGCUAGUGACCAGGGCAAGGCUGAGGAACAAGAGCCCAUCGCGAUCCCCCUCUCCAAAUUUUCCUCCAGCAUUAGCUCAACGGAACCUGAAGCCGCGCCCGAGCCUACCGCUGAGGUUGCUGAGGUUCCUGAGCAAGAACAGCCCGCGGCGCUUGUUGCUUCUCCAGAGGCGAUUAGAGCAGCAACCAUGGCUGCUGCUGAGCCCGUGGUUAGCACACCUACGGUUGAGCUCGCCAAGAGCCCUCUCAUGCUGAGCAGUGAGAUUACCGAGCCCAAGACCGCCCCUGAAGCCGAUGUCAAGGCCGUUGCGGCAACUGAGUCCACCACCGAAGCUCCCCAACAACCAGCUGACGCGCCCAAGCCUGCUGUGGAAGCUCAGGAGGCCGUUGUCGAUACCGAAACGCCGGCUACUACCGAAUCGACCCAGCCCAAGGACAAGGAAACCAAGAGCGAUGCGGAGACGGUUGCGCCCACAGAGCAGCAGAAGCGAGCUGCUGUCGUCGAACCUAUUCAGACCGCACCCGUUACAGCGCUCGCGCCUGCUGCCGACGUCAAGUCCUCAUCCCCGACUGAGCCGCCGACUACGCGCGCAGAAGGCGCCGAAGCAACACCAUAUACCGUUAGAACAGUCUCGGAUCCCGUACGCGGCAAAUUCGUUUCGGAUAAUGACGUCGCCAAGUCCUCUGCGCGCUCACUGACAACGGGCGCCGCAUACCUUCACAAGAUCACACAGCAGCAGCAGAACAACAACCUGUCGCUCAAGUCCAACGUGGGUUCGAGCAUCUCUCAGCGCAUCAAGGCUCUCGAGAAGCUUUCGUCUGUGCCUGAUGGCGAUGUUCGCCCCGUCAGCCGCGAACGCCCACAAACAGCCUUCUUCUCAGUCAAGAAGAAGGAGCUCAAGGCUCCGUCAGUGCUUGAGCGCGCGAACUCACUGCGCGCCACGACACCCUCGCCCGGCGACUCCCCCGAAACGACGCGACCUCUUCUUGACCGCAGCAACAUGUCGAACCGUCUGUCUGUCUUCCAGCCAUUCAUGGACCCCGUAUCGCCUGGAAAGGAGACGAUUUCCGUCACGGCCAAGAUUGUUCGCGACCCGAUGCCAUCGACAGACACUUUGAGCGAUCCCUCUGCUUUUAACCCGCUGGACCUGAAGCAGUCGCCGCUGAUGGUGAGCCACCAAAAGGCAACACAGGACAAGACGUCGCCUCCUGAAACACCGCUGGAACAGUCGGGUUCACAGGACUCGCUCAAGGAGAACCGUAGCCGACGCACAUCGCUCUCGAUUGUACGAGGGCUCAUGAAGGACAAGAAGUCGCCGACGUCUGGCUCGGAGGAGUUCCAGGCCCCCAGCUCGCCAAGCCAGCAGCGCCCGGUCAUGAGCACCAACAGCUCAUUCAGCGCUCGCUCGCCUAGCUCGGAGAACAUCAAUGCUGGCGACGACAAGUCUCCCGACGGCAAGAUGUCGCGCGCAGGCCGCUUCAUGAAGCGCUUAUCGACUCUGUCCGGCGGCGUCUCGCGCACCAAGCCGACGAGCGGCAGCACAACCUCGACGCCACUGGCCCCUGCCAUGGAAGAGGGUGCUGCUUCGGGACAGCAGCAGCAGAUUGUGUCGUACCUGGGCGACGUGAACGUGCAGUUCCCCGACAGUCUGCUGUGGAAGCGACGUAACCUGUGCCUGGACGCGCAGGGCUUCCUGGUGAUGAGCGCGCUGCCGUCACAGAGCAGCCGGGCCGCUCAGGGAACUAAGCGUUUCCACAUGAGCGAGUUCCGCGCGCCGUACAUUCCCGAAGUCGAGAUGCAGGAGCUGCCUAAUAGCGUGGUGGUGGACUUUGUCGAGGGCACUAGUCUGCAGCUUGCCUGCGAGGACCGCCACGGCCAGAUGGAGGUUCUUUCCACUCUGCAAGAAGCCCACGGCAAGCACGCCGCCGCGUUUGGCCAAUAG